GAGCCGGGCGGGGCAGCCAAGCCGCCUUCGCCACCGCCUCCUCCCGCCCACAGCCAUGGCCGACGUGGAGGACGGAGACGAGCCCGGCAUUUCUACUUCUCACUCGGGUUCUUCCGGUGCCAAAGCUGGCGGCGCCGACAAAAUGUUCUCGCUGAAGAAGUGGAACGCCGUGGCCAUGUGGAGCUGGGACGUCGAGUGCGACACCUGCGCCAUCUGCCGGGUGCAGGUCAUGGAUGCCUGUCUUAGAUGCCAAGCUGAAAACAAACAAGAAGAUUGUGUUGUGGUCUGGGGAGAGUGUAAUCAUUCGUUCCACAAUUGCUGCAUGUCACUGUGGGUGAAACAGAACAACCGUUGUCCCCUCUGCCAGCAGGACUGGGUAGUCCAAAGAAUAGGCAAAUAACAUGGUUUUCAGCUAUUGCACCAAAAUUGUUUGAAAUGAUAUACAACUAGUGGUAUACUUUCUCUAUGAAGGAAGUCACAGUGUGGCGAAUUCCAUCAUAUUUAUUUAUGUCUACACAGGGACUUGGGUUUGAAUUUUUUGUAUAAGUUUACUGGUUUUUUGGUCUUUAAAAAUCUUCCAUCAGGAACUUAGCUGCAGUAUUUAAGAAUAUAUGUAAAUAUUUAAUAUGAACACUUCAUUUAUUUGGGAAUUAUUUAGGGCUUAUAAGUCUAUGGUUAGUAAUAUGAGUAACUUCAGCCUGAAAUGUUGUUUUUUUUUCAAAAUGAAGUUAUUAGUUAAUAAAUGAGGUGCAUUUUUUUAUUUUUGGUUUUAUCAUUAUUUAGGUAUUGAUUAAUGCUUGUUAUUAUAGUGCUUUAAGUUGAAAUUGAAUUAGCUGCCUUUUCAAAUAUGUACUUUCUUCACACUCAAUUAAACCUUUUAUCCUUGUGA